ACCAAUUUCGCCUUCCCGACGGUACGGUUCGACAGCGGUGCCCGGUGUCCGACUAGUGCCAGUGUUCCCUCAAGAGCUACAAGAGAGGACAAAAAAAAACGAACGAACAUAAAAAAAUCGGUGCAGAAACCAUAAGCAAGCAAGAAGAAGAGCAUUAAACAGAAAAACAAACAAAAAACUGUGCUUUAAAAUGUGAGUAGUGGCGCAAGGUGAAAAGUGCAGCUGCCAUUGUGCAGCCUACACAGACAGCAGGUGUGCGUGCGUGUGAACAGUGCAAAGGCGUGUGUGCGUGCGUGCGUGCGUUUAACUCGCAGUUUCGUGCUGUGCCCGCGUAUAUGCGUACGUGAAAAGCAAAAUUCGUCCUCCCUUCUCCCAUCCAACCCCCCUCGUUGCCACCGCCAACGUGGCUCACUCCCUCGUCACGCAUUCCUUCAGACGUGUAGGUGAGCGGUAUACAACACCAUCAUCACUUAUCAGUCUCUAGCUGGAGCUGGAUACAAACAAAAGCGAAAGAGCAAGAGAGAGAGAGAGCGCGCGAGCGACCACGUAUACGCCCGUCAUCCGAUUUCCGAAGGAACGGGGCCGAAGCGAGCGGGGCAAGCUUCCAGCUUGUGGAGAGCGCCUGAGGGCUGUCGGCAUGCGCCACGAUGGAGAAAGCGAGACGGCAUAACGCAUUGCUUAUCUUUUGCGUUGAUUAACGGAGAGCGAGAGAGAGAGAGCGAACACCAACCAAGCCAGCGCUAGGACCGAGCGAGAGCGAGAAGGAAGAGGCGUGCGCACAGGUGAAGCAAAAGAGAGACGUUCGCUCGUGCUCCCCACGGGAAACCCCCCCACACACAUAUAUAUAUAUCUACACACAACGCGAUAAACUCUACUCGCUCACAACACCAACACACAGCGGGUGAACGAGCUGGCGCGAGAGCGCGCGCGCGCGCGCACCGAUUGGAGCGCGAAGAGCACUUCUGCUGGGAGCAUCAAACCGUGAGUUGGAACAUUGAGCGACAAAGUGAUGGCGUACGCAGCAGUAGCAGCACCCGACCAGUAUUAGUGCACACACACGGUCCGUGAAAACAACACUAAGGGUGACGCAGCGCGCUGUAGCGCAGCACGUACACACACUCGCACGGAGGGGUUUUUUUGUUCCCCGGACGCAAAUUUUUGUUUGACUGCCGUGCUGCUAAUUAUCACGGCGGGGACAUGUAAACAGUGCCUAUCAGUGCUUCCUGUGUGAGAGAAACGAAAAGCAACAAAAAAAAACGGUGCGUCGCAAAAGCGCUGGCAGCGAUAACAGCCCAAGCGCCAAAUUAACUGGGUCGUGCGGUUGUGGGGAAAGUAGAGAAGACCAGAAGGGACCGCGCUCCAUCCCACAUACAAAAAAGCAACGGUAGGCGGAGAGCAACACAAAACGGGGGAAAAGAAAAACGAAGCCGAAGAAACGAUGUGCUUUGCGAGGCCAACGAUUGAGUGUUCGAACAAGAAGAACAGCUGGUUUCGCCCAUUUUCGAUGCGCUGAUCGUGACGGCUGCCGAGUUCGAUUAGUGCACACACACAACACACACACACACAUACACAGCACACUUACACUUUCACACACACAAGCUACACCCCACCCACCCACUCGGCUAUCUUCUUUCACUAUACCCCCCACACAAACACCCGCACACACACACACCCACACUCCCGUGUUACGUUUUCGGUGAAAAAUUUGUAUCGGGCCUUGAUUGCGAUACAGCGACGAGACAUCAUCGAGGCAAAGCCUUCAGCCCAGCAUCAUCAGCCCAUCAGCACAAUCGAGAAAGGACAAACAACACACACACACACAGCGUACUACCCCGGUGUUCCAGCAUCCAGGCCCUCCCCCCACGGAGCAACGCAGCGACACGACGAAAACAAACCAACCGGAGGCACCGCGCACACACCGGACAUCCACACGGCACACACGUCCAGCGGAAAAGUCUUCGAUCAAUUUUUCCUACCACCACCCACCUACUGUCCCUCCCCACCCGCAGCAGAACACUUGCACACACCUGUCCGUGUCUUAGACCCGUCGUAAAGCGCACACACACCAUACGUAUCGGACGCGCACACACACCCGCGCACGCACGCACGCACGCACUCUCGGCUACGGUGGACGUGUGUGAGUGUGCGUGUUGUGUGUGUGUGCGUGUGUGUGGGGGUGGGAAUUCAUAGUGUGUGUGUGUGUGUGCGAAAAGUGUGUGCGUCGUGGGGGAAACGGGGUGGGCUGACGGGCGCGUGCCGGAAAGAUGAAGAAAUUCACCUUCAAGGGCGUUUUGGACGGGUUUCGGUCGUCGGUCAAUCAGCAGACGCCGGCUGGUGGUGGGGCGGCCAAAAUUUGCGUCGAGCAGGAGAUACAGGAAACGCUCCGGUCGGAACAUUUUCAGCUGAAAAAGACCUUUCGCCAUGGCUUCCCAUACUCGCCGACGGCGCUGGCCUUCGAUCCCGUCCAGCGAAUUCUGGCGGUGGGAGACAAGUUUGGUUCAAUGCGGUUGUUGGGUAAGUUCGGCGUUGAUGCCCACGUGAAGCACGAGGGCGAGUCGGCCUGUGCUGUCAAUUUGAUCGAGUUCCUGGUUAACGAGGGCUGCCUGGUGACGGCCACCGCCGACGAUACGCUGCAUCUAUGGAAUUUUCACACCAAAAUCCCGAAGGUGGUGCAGAGCUUGAAGUUCCAGCGCGAGAGAAUAUCUCGGCUGCACCUGCCCAUCGGUACCAAGUGGCUGUACAUUGGAACGGAGAAGGGCAAUACGCACAUUGCCCACGUUGAUUCGUUCACCCUCAGCGGCUACGUGAUCAAUUGGAACAAAGCUAUCGAUCCCAUUCGCAAGACGCACCCUGGCGCGGUGGUUCACCUGUCCGAUAAUCCGCUGGAUGCAAACAAGCUGCUAAUAGGAUUCGAGUCCGGUCAAUUAGUGCUGUGGGAUAUGAGAGGAAAAUGUGCGGAAUUUCGCUGGCUGUCGCAAGAGCCGCUCAGCUCCUGCUCCUGGCAUCACGAAGGGAAACACUUCAUAACAUCACACACCGACGGUUCUUUAUGUACGUGGCCUUUGAAACUUUCACCAAAACCCUUAACUCAUAGUUUUCCUCACGCUAAAACGAACAAGGAAGGAAAAACGGAGAGCUGUAACUCUAUUCAGAAAGUCGAAGUGAAAACGAAUAGAAUAGGAGAUCAAUUUACCAUUUUCUCGGGCGGUCUGCCGACGGAGAAGUGCAGUCCGAAGUCGCACUGCAUCACCGUCAUGGUGCAGGGCAAAUCGACGACCGUCUUGGAGAUGGAGCACAGCGUAGUUGACUUUGUGACCAUGUGCGAGAGUCCGUACGGCAGCGACCUGCAAGAACCGUAUGCCGUGGCAGUGCUGCUACAGAAUGACCUCGUGCUGAUCGAUCUGCUGACGCCCGGUUAUCCCACGUUCGAGUCGCCUUAUUCGAUGGACCUGCACGAGUCGCAGAUCACCUGCUGUACCUACCUGGCCGACUGUCCGUCCGAUCUGGUGCCCGCGUUCUACUCGGUCGGACGCAGUGCGGCCACGAACCGGCGCUCCGGCUACUCCGAGCGCGAGUGGCCAAUCAACGGCGGCGAAUGGCAACCGACGUCCUGCAGCUACUCGGAAAUUAUCCUCACCGGGCAUCAGGAUGGUUCGAUCAAGUUCUGGGACUCCAGUGCCGGCACGCUGCAGGUGCUGUACAAGCUGAAGACGUCGAAGAUCUUCGAGAAACCGCGAGUGAGAUCGCUGGACAGCGGCGAGGAGGACCCGCUAGCCAUCUCGAUGAUGUCCCUGUGUGCGGAGUCGAGAAAGCUUUGUGUUGCCUGUAACUGUGGUUACGUCGUACUGUUCAAGUUCCGGAGAGCCGAAAGCACCGGGGACAUUGUGGUUUUGGACAUUCCGUUCACCAUGGAAACUUUUACCGAAUUUGAGGGCAGUCCCGAAUGUGAGUUCAUACCUAAAUCACUGCCAAAAACCGUUGACUCAACCGAGAGCGAUAAGAAGAACUGCAGUUUAUUGAAGGUGAAAACUGGACCACAGCGAAAACCGCCCGGGUUUCAAGCUCAGCUGGUAUGCGUUCCGUCGUGGGCGUGCGGCAGUGUGCAGAUCACUGCACUCACCAUCAACUCCAACUACGGACUCAUGGCGUACGGCAACGAGUACGGGCUAACGAUAGUGGAUAUUGUGAAGAAAACGUGCGUACUGAACCUUUGCACCCAGGAAAUCUACGGUGCGCAGGACCCUUACUCGAGAACGCCCCGCAGUCCGAAGCGUUUGGAAAAUAGUCAAUCGAAGGACGAUUCAUUGCGUUCCCCUAGUAUAGAUCAGCACGUUGAGCCGGCACGGCCGGAACCGGGUCGGGUCGCGGAAACGGUGGGUCCCACGACGGUACCCUGUCCGACCGUUGCGCCUUCCCCCUUCCUUACCUGCGCGGCGAGUGGUGCGACGACUACCGACACGAUCACCAGUACCGAACCAGCGGACCGUACCGUCGCACAGGAGGAGGACCCGGACAGUGUGCCGGAGUGUUGCGCGGAGGAGCCACCGCCGGUAGGGGUGGUGGCGGUGGGGGGUCCACAACCGGCAUCAUCGGUGGACGAGGCAACGGUGGCAGCGCGACGUGCCAAGAAAUCUUUCAUUGAAUCCCUCCCACUGCCGAAGUGGCUGCGGAGUUUGAAUAAAUUGGAUAACUCAUUCUCGAGAUCUCGUUCAUCUUCUAUGUCAAGCUUAGAAAAUAAUGCAAUGGAGGCUGUGACUUGUUUGGCUUUUGCCGAUAGUUAUGUAAAAAAAAGCGAUCCCUCAAUGGCGUUGCCUACUGCAUGGUUAGGAACCAGUUUAGGAUCGAUCCUAACCAUCUCUCUAUCCAUUCCGGAGAACGAUCUGAGGAAAGCGAACGUGGUCCAGACGGCACCGACCGGAGCCAUGUUCCGGCUAAAGGGGUCCAUCCUUUCGAUGUCGCUGCUCGACUGUAACGGGGCACUCAUUCCGUACUCGUUCGAAAGCUGGCGCGAAGAUUCGAAAGACGGCAAGGAAAAGCGGGAAAGGACACCAACCAAGACAUCAUCCACCAAGAUGAGCCCUACCAACCCGGACGGUUUGUGCGAUCGGCAGUUUAUAGCGAUCGCGAGCGAGAAGCAGGCGGGCGUGUUUGCGCUACCCAGCCAGAACUGCGUCUACCGGAAGAAGCUGGUCGAUUUCGAUUUUAUCGUGAAGGCAGAAAUUAUUAGCAUGAAAGAUAGUGUCUGUCUGAUAUGCUACGCUUCGAACGGGCAUCUGAUGGUGUUUACUCUGCCGAGUCUGAAACCGCUGCUCGAAGUUGAUUUUCUUCCAUUGGCCGAUCUAAGUUUCCAAACCAAGUGUAAACAGGGCGUGGUGGAUCCAAUGCUGUCCAUUUGGGGGCAACAACUUAUAGUCAAUGAAGAUUCGAAUGUGAUUUCACGGACGUUUAGCUUUAGUAACAAGGGCCACGGAUUGUAUCUAGCCACACCCACCGAAAUCCAAAAAUUUACCGUUUGCCAAGAAUUCAGCCACCAAUACAACAAUAUGCUUGGCGAUCUUUACGUACCUCAUGAAAUGCCGGAAGCACCGAAGGAAAGCUUCUUCAAAGGACUGUUCGGUGGAGGCAUGCGCAACCUCGACCGAGAGGAGCUGUUUGGUGAAUCGAGCGGCAAGGCGAACCGGUCGGUGGCGAAACACAUUCCCGGCCCGAACGCCAACAUCCAAGAUCUGAACGCCCGGACGACGUCGGUAACGUCCGAGAUCGGGAAGGCGCAUCAGCUGAUGCUCGAGCGUGGCGACAAGCUGAGCCAGCUGGAGGAGCGCACCGAGCGGAUGGCGAACGAGGCGCAACAGUUCUCCAGUUCCGCCCAUCUGCUGAUGAACAAGUAUAAGGACAAAAAGUGGUACCAGCUGUAAAUCCCGGGAAGCAAUGCUGAUGUGUUGUGGGCUCGUGAUGCUCGGUGGUUGUGAUGAUCGGUGGUGAUGGUGUGGGUGUCGCUCGGUGCGUGCAUGCUUGCGACCAUCACGUUUUCAUCUCUACUGGGGGCACAAAACCCCGGGGGACGGGGGUCAACGAACCGCAACCAUGCACCUACCUACAGAACAAGCUACACGCAUACACAUCACCAAACACACACCCACCUUCACCCCCCCCCCCCACCCACACACACAUCAACACGGAAGAGGAACGAGACAGCCACGCAUGUGCCGCACACCGGUGGUAAACUAAACCGACCGGGUUGCUUAGUUUCAUUUUCCGGAAACACACACACACCCAUUAUUUCGGAAACGCGGAAGAUGGUUUGACGGUACCAAGCAAUCUGGGGACAGGGCAGCACCACUGGGCUUGUUGCGUCCGCCCACGUGGGAACACAGGAGAGGGCAGAAGAAAACACAAUAUACCAACCACCCCACAGAUAUACCCUCUCUCGGCAAAGCGAUGCAAGCACACAUGUUACACAAAGCAAAGAUUGAGCGGAACAAAAAGUAAGGUACGCGGUACGAAAGUGAGAGAGCGCGCGGAGAGGGUUGUGGUGAGGAGGAAACAAACGUUACAAACAAAAAUAAGAAGCAAAAAAAAAAAUUCAAAACAAAAAAAAACGGAAACAAAACGAACCACAAGCAGAGCAGGGAGCCCAGGAUUACACUGUAGAACAUUCUGUUUACUCGUUGAAAAUUUUCUAGCUCAUAAGCAUUAAACAAAGCAAGCCGCCUGCUGCUGCUGAAGAAAAACAAACGGAGGCAGCACAACACAAGCAGUAUGCAAGCCCGCGUGUGUGUGUGUGAGCUGUCAUGAGAAGAUGGAAAAACCAGGAGGCAGGAAGAGUGCAGCAGCAAGCAAACACAGUGCAGCGGAGCAAAACCACAGCUAACACAUGUUAUAUUAAAUUAUUUUUUAAACUUAAUAACGAACAGAAGCCGCAGCAAUUGGUGGCAACACGAAGUUGUCGCCGAGAGAGACGGUGGAAAAACCAAGAGAGAGCGAGAGAGAAAGGAAAACAACAGUCAUUACUCAGUAAAAUGCAACACAAUGCAGAAAAGAACAAUACCGGAGCAUAGGUAAAAAUGAAUAAGAAGUUGUAGUAGAUGAAGAAGAAGAAGAAGAAAACACACAACAGUAUAGUGAAAGUGUUUGCCAGGCAGUUUUCGGAUCACAAGUGGUGGCGCCGCGCCAAGCAAAACGGCAAAACAAAAAGGGGGUUUUGCCAGCAUAAGAUUUAAACAAAAUCAAUACAAAAUAACAACAACAAAAAAAAGUCAAGAGAAAACGCCGAAAGCGCACCCGCAAAAUGCGCGCUUUCCCAACCAUACACACAUCUAUACACACGCACACACACACACACACACAUAAACACAUUCGUCUCCGGAUUUCCCGCUCGUCUACCGCCCGCGCAAAACAAAUUACACACACACACACGUACACACAGACGGGGGUAGGUGGACGGGUGACCGGAGGAAGAAGCAAAAACAGGUGGAAGAAGAAAUUACAGAAAUUACUGCGCGUUGCGUAUCAUUUGUACAUAGAACAUUUUGAUAUGACGUGUACUGUACAUAUGUUGAGAAAAAUAGCUAUUAUUGAAGAAAAAAAAAAACAAAACAAAAAAA